AUGAUGCCCAUGGUCGCCGCCGGCGAUAAAGGCAGCCAUGGAGCUUCUUCCACCUGCAGCAUGUGCAGGCAGCUGACCAAACUCUUUCCUCUCCACCUGGUCAUCGUCCUUCUCCUCGGCGUCGCCACCAACGGUCGGCCGGAGGCGGCUGCGGCGAGGUCGUUCAUCUUCCACAACGCGUGCGCGCACCCGGUGUGGGUGGGCGCUCUCAACGGCGCCACAUCGCCGCGGCUCGCCCGCACCGGCUUCUACCUCGCCUCCGGCGCCACGGACGCCGUCGCCGCCCCGUCCUCCGGCGCCUGGUCCGGCAACUUCUGGGCGCGCACCGGCUGCGCCGUCGACGCCUCCACGGGCCGCCUCGCCUGCGCCACCGCCGACUGUGGCACCAGCGAUGUCGCCUGCGCCGGCCGCGGGCCCGCCCCGCCCGUCACGCUCGCUGAGAUCACCCUCGCCGCCCCGGGCGGAGGAGGCCAGGACUUCUACGACGUCAGCCUCGUCGACGGCUUCAACCUGCCCCUCUCCAUCGCGCCCGACAACAAUGGGGACGGCGGUGCCUGCCGCGCCGCGGCGUGCGCGGGCGACGUGAACGCGGUCUGCCCGUCGGACCUGCGCGUGGUGUCCGGCUCCGGCGAGGUGGUGGCGUGCAAGAGCGCGUGCAACGCCUACGGCAGCGCGCGCUACUGCUGCACUGGCGACUACGGCACGCCGGCGAAGUGCGGGCCCACGAACUACUCGCGGGUAUUCAAGGCCGCCUGCCCGGCCGCCUACAGCUACGCCUACGACGACGCCAGCUCCACCUUCACCUGCGCCGGCGCCGCCAGCUACCACAUCACCUUCUGUCCCGUCACCUGA